AUGAGCCUUACCAGGUGCUUGCUGCUGCAGAUGGAGGUGCAGGCGUUCAUUGAGCACUGUAUGCAGGUGGUGGGCACCAGGGCCAGUCACGCCCGCAGCCUGGCACAUGUGCUGCUGGAGGGGGACCUACGCGGGCACUACAGCCAUGGGCUCAACCGCAUGGAUGUGUAUGUAACAGAGAUCCGUGCAGGAAUCUGUGCACGGGAUGGUGAACCUGUUGUAGAGAAAGAGUCGGCUGCCACAGCUCUUGUGAAUGGAAAAAAUCUCCUGGGUCCAGUUGUGGGAAAUUACUGUAUGUCUUUAGCUGUGAAGAAAGCACAAGACAUGGGCGUCGGCUGGGUGGUGGCCCACGGCUCCAACCACUUUGGCAUUGCUGCCUAUUAUUCCAUGCAAGCACUGAAAGAGAACAUGAUAGGAAUGGCCUACACUAACACCUCUCCGCUAGUGGUCCCAACUCGAGCCAAAGAGGGCACACUGGGAACAAAUCCCAUAAGUGUAGCAGCUCCUGCUAUGGAUGGAGACAGCUUUGUACUAGAUAUGGCAACCUCUGCUGUUGCCCUUGGAAAGGUGGAAAUCCACGAGCGUAAUGGUGUCUCCAUCCCUGAGGGUUGGGGGUGUGACUCAGGGGGCCGGGUCAGUACCGAGCCCAAGGCAGUCCUGUCUGGAGGAGGCCUGGUGCCCUUGGGCGGCAAUGAGACCACAGGCAGCCAUAAGGGUUAUGGCCUCUCCCUGAUGGUGGAGGUGUUCUGUGGUAUGCUAGCUGGUGCCCAGUACAGCAAACAUAUACGCACCUGGAGAGUGACUGACCGCAUGGCUGACCUGGGUCAGUGCUUUGUGGCAGUAAACCCAGAGCACUUUGCUCCAGGAUUCAAUGACAGAAUGUCACAUCUGCUGUCCUUGCACAGGAACCUGGAGCCAGUGGAUCCUGGGAUGCCUGUAAUGGCUGCAGGAGACCCAGAGAGGAAGCACAUGCAGACCUGUCAAGAGCUGGGGGGCAUUCCAUACUACCUGAGUGUGGUCAAACACAUGAAUGAGUUUGCCAGCACCCUGGGCGUAAGACCCUUGCUGCCCACCCACAGACAUAUGCAGUAA